AUGCUUCGAAUUAGUCACAAUCAAGCCACGUCUAUGCUUCUCAGGCAUCCACAACAACCUGAGUAUGUACCUUUGCAGCGAGUGAAUAUUGAAGCAACAAUUCGUGCAUUUGCUGCCGAUGUAACUAUUACACAAGUAUUUCGCAACAAUGAAAAAACACCGAUCGAAGCUGUUUACUGUUUUCCAAUUGAAGAACAAGCAGCAAUCUACACAUUUGUAGCUCGAAUUGACGAUCGAGAAAUUGUUGCUCAAUUAAAAGAGAAAAAAGAAGCACAACGAGAAUAUAACAAUGCUUUGCAACAAGGUCAUGGAGCCUAUCUAUUAGAACAAGAUGAAAAGUCUCAAGAUAAUUUUAUCAUCAACGUCGGUGCUCUACCUCCAUCGAAAGAAUGCACAAUUACCAUCGGUUAUGUAACAGAAUUAGAUCUUGUUCAAGGAUCUACCAUUCGAUUUGUCAUUCCUACAACCAUUGCACCGCGUUACAAUCCCGAUAAAGGUGGCAUUUCAUCACCGGCCGGUACCACUUCUAAAUACAUUCAAUCAAGCCCGUAUACCAUCGACUUUCGGUGUCACAUUGAAAAGACGCUUGGAUCUCGACUAGGGCAAAUUACUCGAGUUAGUUCAUCCUCACAUCCGAUCGAAAUCAAUCUUACACAAGAAGAUUCUUAUAUUGUGACAUUCGCUCAGCAGAAUACUCAUUUAGAUCGAGAUAUUCUGAUUAAUAUUGAUCUAUCCGAUAAACGAAAUAGCACCAUUGCAGCUGUAGAACCCGGUGCUGUGAUGAUUGCUUUUAUUCCAACCGAAGAAGACUGUCGACAAGCAGCGAAAAAUGAUUUAACAAAUGAAUUUAUUUUUGUCGUCGAUUGUAGUGGUUCAAUGCAGGAUGAAAACAAAAUCGGAUUAGCUCGACAAGCCAUGUUACUCUUCCUUAAGAGUUUACCUAUCAAUUGUCAUUUCAAUAUCGUCCGAUUUGGCUCUCAAUACAAAACUCUAUUCAAUGAGAUUGCAGCAGUUUACAACGAAACUAAUGCUCAACAAGCCGAACAACUCAUCGAACAAAUGCAAGCAGAUCUCGGUGGAACUGAAUUGUUACAACCAUUGAAAUGGAUUGAAGAACAUUCACCUAGUCAAGGCCGUGCUCGUCAAAUAUUUCUUCUAACCGAUGGCGAGAUUUCUAAUGUGACAGAAGUGCUCGAUCUCUGUCGUUCAAUGGCUACUUCUACUCGAAUAUUCUCAUUUGGCUUAGGACAAUCUCCAAGUCGAUCGUUAGUAAAAGGUCUCGCUCGUGCGACUAAUGGUCGAUUUGUUUUUAUUCCACCCAAAGCAAACGUCGAUAUAUACGUUGGAGAACAAUUGCAAAAAGCACUUCAACCAUGUAUUACCAAUGUUCGUGUUAAAUGGAAUCUUGGAGUUCCAGCUCAGAGUGCUCCAAUUCAAUUACCUCCAGUCUACGUCAACGAUCGUCUGAUUGUUUACGCUCUGAUCGAUGAUAAAAUGGCUUCUUUUGAUCACAAUUCAUCUGUCGAACUAGAAACCGAGUUCCAUCAUUAUUCAUUAGGUGUGGCCAAAAUCGAUCAUAUACCAAGUGUGAGCAAUAACGAAACACUUGCUCGUCUGGCGGCUAAAGCACUCAUUCUCGAAUUGCAACACGCCAAACUACCGUCAUCGAAUACGAAAAGAAUGGAAACAGGUUCGACACAAUCACGAUUCCAAGAAUUGCAAGAACCGGCGGCAACAAAUAAGGAGAAAAUGGAAACAUCAUCGGAGGAGACAGUCAAACAACGUAUUAUUGCAUUAUCGUUGAAAUACAAUAUUUUGAGUCCUUAUACCGCAUUUGUUGGUAUCGAGAAACGAACAAAUACCAGUAAUAUCGACAUGGUCCUUCGCGAAGUACCCAUUCAAAUUUCUGCUGAUGAUCAGCAUCUGCAAAUGUCCAUGCAAGGAUCGUUUUCGACUGGUGGUAGAGGUAGAGGUGGAGGUGGACUUGGCGUUGGAGGCGCUCUUAGACAUCGUAAGGUGAUUGCUAGCUAUUCUUACAAUACUCGUGCCAUGCGCUCUAACCCGACGUCAUUAUUAGCAUCAAAUACAAACCUGCAAUUACAGGAAGAUGGAGCAUUGUUUGAUAGAUUUAUGCCUUCGUCGACAGCUUAUAAACCAACAUCCUCAAUGGCAGAAGAUGAAGACGAUACCUUCUCCGACUCAAUGCCCGAGAGAAAAAGGAAAAAGUCUUCAAAAAAAGAAACAUGGCCAUCGAAUGAUCAAGAUAUCGUUCGACAUUUGAUCAACAAACAAAAAUUUGACGGUCUUUGGUCUCUUGACUCACAAGAUGUUAAGAACUUGACUGGAAAAACACUUGCUGAUUUUCAAUCGCAAAAUGGUCAAGUCGAUCAUCAGGUACUUGUCUCAGCCAUUAUCAUCUCCGUGCUUGAGACACGUUUUUCUGCGUUGGCAACCAUGUGGCACGGUAUCGUCCAAAAGGCUCGAAAGCGUCUCGCUGAUUUACUUGGAACAGACUCAAAAAAUCUCGAUCAACUUCUUGAAAAUAUUCGUAAACAAUUUUAA